CAAGUACUUGCAUGGUGGCUUCAAUGACAGGUUUAGAUACUCUGCGGUGCCUUGUUAGGUCGAGAGCUCAACUACGAUAUCCACAAUCCCUUUCGCAUCAUACGCGCCAGGUUUUUCUCGGAUCGGAGUACGCUACAAUUCAAAACGAGACGUCUCUGUUUAUGUUCAACACACCUCCAACAUAUUAUUCUGCUGUCCGCACGGAGAGCGAAGCAUUAAAAAAACAAAACAUUUGGGGGAAUGUAACUUUGUACAGGAAGAAAGCCAACACGAAAGCGUCGUAUGAUUGGCCAUUCUGACUGGUUUUUUUUGUAUCAAACAUUGAGAUUUGUUGAUAAAUUGCCUUUGUUAGCUGGUAAACAAGCUAACUCAACGAACUUGGUCUGAAGCGGCGGGUGGUAGAUGGUUGUCACCCGCUCACUGAGCGGUGUGUCUCGGCAGGAGGAGCGCAUCGACUCCGCUGGUUGCAGUGGCGACAACCAACAGGCACAUGCAGGAUGAGGAGGCGGAGCUGAAGCUCAGCUGACCCCACCCAUUUAGUGUGACCUCCCUCCUACCCUCACCCAUCCAGCCAGCCGGGCCCAUGUUCUCUCCAGAGCAGGAAAAUAUCUCCCCCUCCUCCACCUCCUCCUCCAAAGUGCCGGUGAAAUAUGGAGAGCUCAUGGUGCUGGGGUACAAUGGCUCUCUACCCAACGGUGAUCGAGGCAGAAGGAAAAGCCGUUUCAGUCUGUCUAAGAGACCCAAGGCUAAUGGGGUCAAACCCAGCACAGUGCAUGCUGCCUGCACCGCACAGGCAGCUAAGGCUAUCAGCAACAAGGACCAACACAGCAUCUCCUACACGUUAUCCAGAGGUCAGACGGUGGUGGUGGAAUAUACUCAUGAUAACAACACAGACAUGUUCCAGAUUGGUCGUUCCACAGAGAGCCCUAUAGACUUUGUGGUAACUGACACGGUGGCAGGGAGCCAGAGUAACUCAGACACCCAGUCAGUCCAGAGCACCAUCUCUCGCUUCGCCUGCCGUGUCAUGUGUCAGAGGACGCCCCCCUACACCGCACGCAUCUACGCUGCCGGCUUCGACAGCUCCAAGAACAUCUUCCUAGGGGAGAAGGCUGCUAAAUGGAAGACGUGUGACGGUCAGAUGGACGGUCUGACCACCAACGGCGUGCUGGUGAUGCACCCUCGCCACGGCUUCACGGAGGACUCCAAACCGGGCGUCUGGAGAGAGAUCUCAGUCUGCGGUAACGUCUUCACCCUCCGAGAGACCCGCUCCGCUCAGCAGCGGGGCAAGAUGGUAGAGGCAGAGAGCCAGGAGCUGGUGGAUGGCUCACUGAUAGACCUGUGUGGAGCCACGCUCCUGUGGCGCACGGCCGAGGGCCUGAGCCGCACCCCCACCAUCAAACACCUGGAGGCGCUACGUCAGGAAAUCAACGCAGCCCGGCCCCAGUGUCCCGUCGGCUUCAACACCCUGGCCUUCCCCUCCAUGAGACGCAAGGACACCCCAGAUGAGAAGCAGCCGUGGGUCUAUCUCCAGUGUGGCCACGUCCACGGUUACCACAACUGGGGAAGCCACCGGGACAGAGACAGGCUGGACCGGGACAGAGACAGGCUGGACCGGGACCAGGAGGAGAGGGAGCAGGGCUGGAGCAGGGAGUGUCCUAUGUGUCGAGCCACUGGGCCGUACGUUCCCCUCUGGUUGGGCUGCGAGGCAAGCUUCUAUCUGGACACGGCUCCGCCCACCCACGCCUUCUCACCGUGUGGUCACGUGUGUUCCGAGAAGACGGCUAUGUUCUGGAGUCAGAUCCCGCUGCCACACGGAACACACACCUUCCACGCCUCCUGUCCCUUCUGCGCCCAGCAACUGAGUGGCGAGCAGGGAUACGUUAGACUCAUCUUCCAGGGCCCUCUCGACUAGGGGGACUAUUUGUCCUUGGUCGGAACUACUUUCCGUUUUGGUCGCAAAGGAACAACGCUUAGAACUUCCAACUGCCUGGGAUUUUGGGGCGGGGGGGGAUUUCUGGAAUGUUCUCUCCGUUUCUGUUUGUCUCUCUGUGCUUUUAAGUGACCUUUUCUAUUUUAGAUUUUUAUUGGGAAUGAAAACAAAGAUUUCUAUAUUUUCAUGUGAAACAAGAAGAGAAAGAAACCAACACUACUGGGUGAUAUCAUUUAGUUUUCUGAAAGAACUGUAAACUGUAUUUAUCUAUUAUACUGAUAUAUGACCACAUAUGGGUUUAUUCUCCUUUGUUGUUGCAAUAUCCAUCCUUAUACAUC